AUGGCCACUUACGUCCCAGGUGAUCGCGUAUGGGUGUACAUAGAAGGGGAUGGGUGGUGGCCGGCGUGCGUGCUCAGCGACGAGGAAAUGGGCACUCGCACCCCCGGCUUCGACCUGGCGGUGCAGUUCUACGCUGGCGUGGAGCAGCCGGCGACUCUGUACGAGCUGAACAGCCACGCUGACGCCGCAAACAUCUGCUUCUUCGAAACGUCGUCGGAGAAGGCGGUGACGGGCAACCCUGAGCUGGAGGCAGCGAUCCGCUGCGCUUGUGCCCAUGCGGAGGCCAACCCGCUUAAGUCGGCGUCUGCCAUAGUGGGGGGCGCCAGGGUGGCAGCCGGUGGUUCGGGCGCCGCUGGGAGCUCGGGUGCCGCGGUCGUCGACCGUGCGGCGUCGAAGCGUGUUCGCGACAUGGGCGACGAUGACACGGGCGUCUACAGCAGCGGCGCUGCUGCCUCGCGCUCUGUUUCUGGGUACCACCACCUGCGCAGCGACAAACUUCACGAAUUGUCGAGCAAGAUUUCGUCAGCUGUGGCAGCAGCAGACUUGACGGCAGUGCGCGCGGCACUCUGCCAGCUAGACGGCGUGGACGUGUAUCUGACGGAGCUGGAGGACACCAAGAUCGGUGUUGCCGUCGGGUCAGUGCUGAGCCAGCCGGUACUGAAACCGCUGUGGCCCCUUGCUCGCGCCAUGAUCUCGUUCUGGGCACGCCAUCUGCCUGCCGAGACCCUCGCAGCCAUCCGUAGCGUGCAGCAACGCCAGCUACCUGUGCCGGCUACCAGUGCAGCGGCGGCAGCAGAGCCCCCUAGCCCGCUCAGCAAGCAGCAGCCGGCGUUUCCAGCUGUUCCGAGCGGGAGCGCCUUUGCGAGCAGCGUGUCUCCAUCCGCGGCAACCGCAGCAGGUGGAGCUGGUGCAGGAGCGGCGGGCGGUGCGGGCUCUGGUGAUGUGGCUCCGACACAGCGCAAGACAUUCUACGACAACGUCUACCAGCUCCUCGACAGUCCCUUGAGCACGACACGCUACGACGACACUGUCAUUGACGAGGUGGCACGAAGGUUGACGGCUGAAAUCACCGAUCGCGAUGAGCGUCAGAUGCUGCUGCUUCGGCUCCGCGAGGAGGAGCUUUCUUUCAUUCGCGAUCACCUCCUCUCUGGCGAGUGGACGCCAAAGAAGUACUUGGAUCAGCCGAGCGAGGUGUUCACCACCAAGAGCGAGAAGGCCCGGCAGGAGCAGCGCAUCCAGGAAAAAAUGAAGGCCAUCGAGGCCGCCGACAAUGCCAUGCUCAACAUCACCUCUCUCUUCAAGUGUGGUCGUUGCGGCAAGCGCCACUGCACCUUCUACGAGCAGCAGACGCGCAGCGCUGAUGAGCCGACGACGAAGUACAUCACUUGUCUGGACUGCAAGAACACCUGGACGCAGGAGUAG